CUGUCAAAUCAUUCAGAGAAGUCUAGACACUGCCAAAAUGUCUCCCUCUGUUCUACCUAACAAGACUUAUAACAUCGCUGCUAUCCCCGCCGAUGGCAUCGGUCCCGAGGUCAUCGGGGCCGGUAUCACGGCUCUCAAUGCUCUCAGCGAAACCCUCAACACCUUCAAGCUCAACUUUACCACCUACGACUGGAGUUCCGAGACCUACAAGAAGACCGGCAAAUACAUCCCCGACGGUGGUCUCGAAGAACUGAAGAAGCACGACGCAAUCCUAUUUGGUGCUGUUGGUGCACCUGACGUCCCCGAUCACAUUUCUCUCUGGGGUCUCCGCCUCGCCAUCUGCCAGCCGCUACAGCAAUACGCCAAUGUCCGACCAACCAAGAUCUUCCGCGGCACGGAGUCGCCUCUCCGCAAAUGCGAGACCGGCGAUCUGGACUGGGUGAUCAUCCGCGAGAACAGCGAGGGCGAAUACGCUGGUCAAGGCGGACGCUCGCACCGAGGCAAGGCGUGGGAAGUGGCCACCGAGACGGCCAUCUUCUCGCGACACGGCGUGGAGAGAAUCAUGCGUUUUGCAUUCGAGACGGCGCAGAAGAGACCCCGGAAGCUGCUGACGGUCGUGACGAAGAGUAACGCGCAGCGCAAUGGGAUGGUCCUCUGGGACGAGGUGGCUGCGGAGGUCGCGAAGGACUUCCCCGAUGUCACUGUAGAUAAAAUGCUGGUGGACGCGAUGACCACGCGAAUGGUGCUCAAGCCCGACACGCUGGAUACCAUCGUGGCGACGAACCUUCAUGCAGACAUCCUCUCCGACCUCGCUGCAGCGUUGGCCGGUUCCAUCGGGAUUGCCCCCACCUCGAACCUGGACCCCACGCGGGAGAAUCCCAGCAUGUUCGAGCCUAUCCACGGGUCUGCAUUUGAUAUUACAGGUAUGGGGGUCGCUAACCCGGUUGCGACGUUUUGGACAGCUGCAGAGAUGCUGGCCUGGCUGGGUGAGGAGGAUGCGGCGAAGAAGCUUCUGGACUGUGUCGAAAAUGUGUGUGAGAUGGGGAUCCUGACUCGCGAUCUGGGAGGAAAUGCCACCACAAGGGAGGUCACCGAGGCCGUGGUGGGGCAGAUUCGGAAGUUGGCCGCUGCAAACACACCAGACCAGUCCAACGCACCCUGCUGGAAUGUCAACGAUCCCCAGGUUUUUACCAUCACUGUGUGUGGUUCUGGCACCGCAGCAGAUGGCCAACAGCUCGCUACAUCCUCAGUUGGCACUGAAUUACCCACCGCGAUAGGAAUUGGCAUUCCUCAAGUCCCAGGGGCUUCCUAUCAAUACUUCAUAGAGCCAACCAUGGGGUACCUGUGUCUUGCACCUACAAAUGGUGCUGCAAUGCUACAGCUUUGCGUUGAAACAGAUCCCUACUGGUGUGUGGACCCUUUCGGUAUGGGACCGUGGGUGCAAGCAGCUGGGUGGUGGGAGGGGCAUAAUGGCUACCCAAAUCAAUUGCUCUCUUGUGCAGUUGACGAGAAUCAACUCUUGUCAUGCCAGUAUGGUGGUUACGAUUACCUCGAACUUGGGCCAGCAAUUAUCAAUGAUCCUGAUUGGCUUGGUUGGUAUCCGUUACUUUCUAAUAAGUCAGACCGUGGAUCGCAGUAUUUUAGCACUAAUGGAAGUUGUAAUUAA